AUGCGCAAACUCACCUGGUCAUCCUACUCCCCCUUCCCCACCUCCACGUGCCCCUCCUUCGUCCUCGUACCUUCCGCGACAUCACCGCCGUCUCCGUCCCGCGUCGACUACGAUCUUUCCGCACAGUACCACGUCUCUCGCAAAGCGGUCAUCCUGUCAGCCAUCGCCUUUACCGCCUUUCUCUUUCUUGGGAUCUUUAUCGCGCUCUUUACAUCUUUUGUCCAAUUUAAACACGAUGUCGCUGCCGCCGCCUCGUCAAGCGCUGCAGCUGCCUCAGCAACGUCAACAUCACACUAG